GUCGUCGAACGCGUAGCACCGCAGCCGGAAGACGUUCUCCGGGGCGCCGUCGAGGUAGUAGCACGCGAGGACGACCCGCGCCGCGGCGCCGGCGAGCGGCGCCGCCUCGGCGGCCCGCAGCGGUCGGAGGCAGCAGUGCACGUGCUCGUGGCCGGCGCGGUCCGCCGCCGCGACGCCGCGGGCGCGCUCGGCCGCGACCUGCGCGUAGUUGUCGAAGUCGCCGGCAAACGCCGCAUCGAAGGCGCACCGCCAGUCGCGCUUCGCCGGCGCGAGCGCCGCGGCCGCCGCGAAGCAGCCGAGCGCGGCGCGGCGCAUGCCCUGGUGCUGGGGGAAAACUGCGCAGCACGGUCCUUUCGCAUCGACCCCGCAAGUGCAAUAGUUGUCGAGCGGCAAGAAGGCGCGCACAGCCGCGCUGCG